CUGCCAUCCACUUAUAACUAUCUUCUUUUUCUCUCCCCUUUCUUCAAUGCUUUUCCACCUCUCUUUCCCAUAAUAAAUACUACUCAUUCUUCUACUCUCUCUUUCUCCUACCCAAAAAAAAAUGAAGACAAAAAACUCCAUAACCAUCUUCACUCUCUUAGCUUUCUUGCUCAUCACAGCCACUUUCUCCUUUGCUACUAGACACACCCCCGAAAACGUCGAAAAAACCAAGAAAGCAGCCAGAGGCGGAGCCAGGAAUGGAAACGAUAACGAUGGUGGGCCGUUUGGAGGAAUUUUUGGGCCUGGAGGUGGGUUUAAUAUACCUGGAUUUGGUGGAGGAGGAUAUGGUGGUGGAAUUGGAGGCCCAAAAGGUGGAUAUGCAAAAGGUGGGAUUAUAAGACCAACUGUUGUGUGUAAGGAAAAAGGUCCAUGUUUAGGAAAGAAACUUAGAUGUCCAGCAAAAUGUUUCAAAUCAUACAGUAGUAAAGGAAAAGGGUAUGGUUAUGGUGGUGGAUCUGGUGGAUGUACAAUGGAUUGCAAGAAGAAAUGUGUUGCUUACUGUUAAAGAAAAAUGUUACAUAAAUAACAUGAAUGAGCAUGCCCUUAGCUAGUAAGUUACUAAGUAUUACUUUUAUAUAAUUAUAUGUGAGAGGGGCUUUUUCUUCUUUCUUUUAUUUUUUGGCUGUGUUAGUUUUUGUUUGUUUUAUUUUGUGAUGAGUCAUGUGAAAGACUUUGUUAUGCAGCUAAGUUCUGCAAGUUAUAAUAUUAGUAGAAUUAAUGAUGAGAAAUUAAUGUUUGGGAUUUGGAAUA